AUGCAAGCUGGUGGAAUUGCUGGCCGUAGCUUCUUCACUAGCCUUGGGCACUGCAUCGAGACAUGGCAGUCCUGCAAAGUGACAGGAAUCAAAUUGACCUCUUCCAUUUCAGAGAAAAAGCGGUAUGACAAGACCAAGCAAUGCGUGAGAUGUAAAGUCACGGAGGGGAACAUCGUCAUUCGCCACCCUGUCUACUGCAAGGAAUGCUUCUUUUCCCUCAUGACCCACAAGUUCCGCCGCUCCCUGGAGCCACACGUUAACUCGAAGCCUGAUGGCCCACGGCGGACCGCCCUAAAGCCCGCAGGAAAUCUACUGGUCGGCAUCUCCAGCGGGCUCGGAUCAUCGGUGCUGCUGGACCUGGUGCAUCAGUGCUACAUAGCGAUGGACCAGAGCACGAUGCCAGCAGAUGGAGGCACGCAGCACUCGCGCCAUGAGCGGGUGUGGAAGAAGGUUGCCACGUGUUAUAUGGAGGUCUGCGAUGCGUUCCCGGAGGUGGAGGAUCGCACGGCUGACGUCGAGCAGCUUGUUGAGAGAUAUAGUGAGAUUGAGUUCAUACCGUUGCGAUUGCAGGAUGCCUUUGAUCACAGAUGGUGGGAGCGGAUACAGUAUAAGGUGGAGUCGAUCAAUGCUGCCGUUGACUUGAGGGAUGAAGGACCAUUGCAAGCGCUACGCAUCUAUCUCGCAUCUCUGCCCACAGCUACAACCAUAUCAAGCACUGUGAAGACCAUCACGCGCCUUCUUUUGCAAUUCACAGCAUGGGAGACAGGCUCUUCUCACCUUGUCCUUGGGACGUCUCUCACUAGCCUAGCAAUGUCUCUCAUAUCGAGCAUCUCGCAAGGCGCUGGUUUCAAUAUAAAGGAGGAGAUGCAGGAGGAGUGGGCGUGGGACAGCAGGGCGCGAGAUGAGGCUGGAAGGAAGCGGACUGUCAGUGUGAUCAGGUCAUUGCGCGAUGUGGGCAGGAAAGAGUGUGCGAUGUGGGCGUGGUGGAUGGGUUUGAGGAUUGCUGAACAGGCGCCGUGGCCUUGGUUGAGUUCUAGACAAGAUAUCGGCACAGUGACGCGAGAUUUCAUUGGUGGGCUUGAGAGGGACUAUCCAUCGACCGUGUCGACCAUUGUUAGGACAUGUACGAAGGUGGCCCCGAAGGGCGAAUCCUCUGGGAUUUGUAUCCUAUGUGCACGACCCAUUCAUACAGGCGCACCGUCUUUGACGCCGUUUUUAUGCUAUGCUUGCCAUACAACACUCACCAGCAAGAGCAGUCGAUCUACUCCGUCGCUCAACCCCUCGAUAGCGAAGCCCUCUGCGGCGCCACUGCCGACAUGGUUGGGGCCUCAACUCUCCCAGCACGACGAGGUAUUCAGAGCUGCCAGGAUGGGGAAGGAGAGAAUGCGGGACGUUGUGCAGGACUUCUUGCUUGACAAUGGGCAGACGUAUGAUCAGGUACAGUGGGAGACUAGAUGA